GAAUGCACGCGAGGUGGAAAGUUGGAGCUUUGACUGAACUCCCGUUUUGUUGUUUGUUCGUGUUGUGAGCUCUGUUCGGCCAAAAUCGCCACGAUUCUAAAAGCACGGACAUGCGAGAGGAUUACAGGCUGUCUGGUAGUUGACCGCAGAUAUAUUGUGUUUUUGUCACGGGAAAGGAGAGGAAUGUGUAAGUGAGAGAGAAAAGGAGACGGAGCUGCGUCGCUUGGCACGACCAAAACAGCAGCAGGAUUGUGUCAGAUCUUGUAUACAGUAGCUUGGAUAUCUGUUCCACUGCGGGCCAGCGAUUUCACUGCUGGCUGUAUUCCACUUUUCCUGCUGGUGUGAACGGCACACUGAAGCGCUGUCUGAAAGAGGAGAUCCCGAGGAGAAAACUGAACGGCAUAUUUUCAGGCUUCCCCCAUCCCUCUCUUUUUUUCCAAUUCGGGAUCUCUGCAUGUUUGUCUCUCUCACGAAGAUCCCAAGAUCAGAAAGAGAGAUAUUCCGGACAGCACUAAUUUUACGUCCAAGUCGGCUAUCUGAACUGCGUAUUGACACGUUUAGUUAAAAGAACUUAACUCGCGAGAGUGAGUUCAAAGUUAUCCUGCGCUUUUGCAGAUUCUAGUUGUUCCUGCAGAGACAGCCCGAGGAGCGCCACAGAGCGUGGGUCAAUCACUGAUGUGGGUAGAAGGGCUCGCGGAGACACGGCCCAGCUGACAGCGCGUGAAAAUUCUUAGAAGUCUUCAUUAUUUCUUUUUUUACACAUAUAAAAUCCAAAUCGUCUCGUUGGUCCUCGAUGGAGCUUUUGCAAAACAACAUGGACUAUGUGCUCCGGGCAGCCGUACUCGCGAUCUGGCUCACAGUCAGUGGAUUCCCCAACGCUUGCACCGCUGAAGAGGAGGUUCUGAUGAAUACCAAACUGGAGACCUCAGACCUGAAAUGGACAAUCCACCCUAGUGCUAACCCUGAGUGGGAAGAAGUGAGUGGUUUGGAUGAGGAGGGGAAUAGUGUAAGAACGCUGGAGAUCUGUCCAGGUGACAGCUCUAUCAGUCACUGGCUGCGGACCAGGUUGAUCCCGAGACGCGGGGCUUCCCAGGUCUACGUGGAGGUGCGUUUCACCAUGAUGGAGUGCUCCGCCCUGCCGUCCCAUCACCGCUCCUGCAAAGAGACCUUUAACCUCUACUACUACCAGAGCGACGAGGACAAUGCUACACCCACCUACCCCUCAUGGAUGGAGAACCCAUACAUUAAGGUGGAUACGGUGGCAGCUGAUUUCCUCUUGCGCCGGGGUGGGGAGAAGAAAUCUAACAUUAAGACUAUGCGUUUGGGUCCUCUGUCUAAGAAAGGCUUCUACCUGGCUUUCCAGGCCCAGGGGGCGUGUAUGGCCCUCCUGUCAAUCAGAGUCUACUUUAAAAAGUGCCCCACCCUCACCCGGGCAUUCUCCUCGUUCCCCGAGACCCUUCCUCAUUCGCUGGUGGAGCAGGCAGAGGGCGUGUGUGUCGCUAACGCCGCCCCUACUGGCCCUGAUCCUCGCCCACCAACCAUGUUCUGUGGGGAAGAUGGCCAGUGGGUGGGCCCACCUACUUCUACCUGUGCCUGCCAACCUGGAUAUGAACCUACAGAAUCAGAGCUGCGUUGCCGAGCGUGUCUGGUGGGUGAGUAUAAGUCAACCGUUGGAGCUUCGAUGUGCAGUCCAUGUCCGUUAAACAGUAACACAUACAGUCCGGGGGCCUCAGUCUGUGCCUGUCGCCCGGGAUACCACAGAGCUGCUACUGACCCCCCUGAAGCUGCCUGUACCAAGCCUCCGUCAGCACCUCGCAGCAUUGUGACUCAGAUUAAUGACACCACGGUGACUCUGGAGUGGAGUGAGCCUCUGGAGCGUGGUGGAAGGACAGACCUGAGCUAUAGCAUAGAGUGUGUGCGCUGUGACAGUGUGUGUGUGCCCUGUGGAGAUGGCGUGAGUUACCGGCCCGCUCAGGCCGGACUGCUGGGCAGACGGGUGGUGGUGAGGGGGCUCCUCCCUCACACCACCUAUACCUUCACAGUCCUGGCCCACAACGCCGUCAGCAGACAGAGUAACACACAACCCGCCGGAGAGAGUGUCAACAUCACCACCAGUCGAGACGUUCCAGUUCCAGUGUCGGGCAUUAAGCCGACUAAAGUCUCAGAGAACAGUAUUACUCUGAGCUGGCCCGUGCCUGCCCAGCCCAACUACAGCAUACUGGAGUAUCAGCUUCGCUACUGCCCCAAGGAACAGCAAGACGAGGGUCAAGGCUGGCAUUACAUAACCAGCAAAAGCAAUGUCGUCGUGUUGAACGAUCUCCGUCGGGGCACCUCAUAUGACGUGCAGGUCCGAGCGCGCACCAUGGCCGGCUACGGCUACUUCAGCCAAGUGACCACCUUCCGCACCCAGCCUGACGAGGAUGAAUCUCACCAUCACAUUAUUGUGAUGGGCGUGCUGAUUGCUAUGGGACUUGUUGUUCUAAUCACCGUGGUGACUGUUGCCAUGUUCUGCUUCCGGAGACAUAGCAGAAUGAAAGACCCUGAGCUUGAUAAGAAUGGACAGUAUCGAAUUGGACAAGGUGUCAAAGUGUACAUUGACCCAUUUACAUACGAGGACCCCAAUGAGGCUGUUCGGGAGUUCGCCAAAGAGAUUGAUGUCUCCUUUGUCAAAAUAGAGGAGGUUAUUGGAGCUGGUGAGUUUGGAGAAGUGUGUCGGGGUAGGCUAAAGAUACCUGGUAAGAAGGAGAACUAUGUGGCCAUUAAGACCCUGAAGGGCGGUUACACAGACAAACAGAGGCGAGACUUUUUGUCUGAGGCCAGCAUCAUGGGCCAGUUCCAGCACCCCAACAUCAUCCACCUGGAGGGAGUGAUCACAGCCAGCUGUCCUGUCAUGAUCCUCACUGAGUACAUGGAGAACGGAGCCCUUGACUCCUUCUUACGGCUGAAUGAUGGACAGUUCACGCCUAUCCAGUUGGUUGGCAUGCUGCGCGGCAUAGCAUCUGGUAUGAAGUACUUGUCAGAGAUGAGUUACGUCCACCGGGACUUGGCAGCGCGGAACAUUCUGGUUAACAGCAACCUGGUGUGUAAGGUGUCUGACUUCGGCCUGUCCCGGUUUCUGCAGGAGAACUCCUCAGAUCCUACCUAUACUAGCUCACUGGGUGGUAAAAUCCCCAUUCGCUGGACAGCUCCUGAGGCCAUCGCCUUCAGAAAGUUCACCUCUGCCUCUGACGUGUGGAGUUACGGCAUCGUUAUGUGGGAGGUCAUGUCGUUCGGGGAGAGACCAUACUGGGACAUGAGCAACCAAGACGUGAUAAACGCUAUAGAACAGGACUACCGUUUACCUCCUCCUCCGGAGUGCCCUGCCUCUCUGCACCAGCUCAUGUUAGACUGCUGGCAGAAGGAGCGGUCGUCACGCCCUCGAUUCUGCGACAUCGUCAGCGCUCUUGACAAACUCAUCCGUAACCCCGCCUCUCUCAAGAUCACGGGUCACCUCACAGACGGACCUUCUCACCCACUGUUGGACCAGCGACCCCCUCCUCCCCUGUCUCAGUGUGGGUCAGUGGGGGAGUGGCUGAGAGCCAUCAAAAUGGGACGUUACGAGGACAACUUCAUCCAGGCUGGAUUCACAUCCUUCGAACUGGUCGCUCAGAUAUCCACUGAGGAUCUGUUGCGAAUUGGUGUCACUCUGGCCGGACAUCAGAAAAAAAUACUCUCCAGCAUUCAAACACUGCGAGUCCAUGGCAAAAACACCAGCACGCUACGAUACUGACUUCACACAUUCACAGCCAUGCAAAAAGAAACACAAAUGCACAUACGCAACCAGUCGGCGUUGAUGGACACAGCUGCUGAAAUCCACUGCGGAAAUGCAAAAAGGAUGAUAUCACAGUGAAAACCAGUCAGAUAACACCACAAGUCGUACGACCAAUCAGCAUCCAGCACUGCACGAAGUCAACUACUGGAAGGAUGACAUCACAAUAACGGCAUUGCCUCUUUUCUGCAGAUUACUCCAGGACAUUCCACUGAUUAUCAAGGACUACUGUGACAUCAUAAUGCUGACAUGCAAUAAUGCCCAUUUGCUGUUGGACUGGGCCUGAGAAAAAGGAUUGGCCAUCUUCACUUUGGUCACUGGCACAGAACUCAAGAGCUAAAAACAUUAGAUGAAAAUGAAAGAAGUAUGAGUGAGCUAAUAAAAAAGACUCUUUCUAUACACAAUACAAAAAGUGCUUUUUAGCCUUUCCAAGAUUUUUUUCAAUGGACUGGUGUGGUUUAAAAUAGCCGCCCUGUGUUUUUCUUUUGUUGCUGAAGAAAAUUCAUUUUCAUUUUGCAUUUUUUUUUGUAAUAACGGACAAAUAUUUUAAUCUCUGCAUCCCUCAGGACACCAAAGACAAACCUGAGGUUAUGAGAGCACUUUUAGAGGUCACGACAUCUGUGCGUACACACACUGACUUGUUUGUCUUUAGAGAGAAGUGGUGAGAGUGGCAAGACAGUAAAAGACAUGGAUCCCUUUAUCUUUCUCUGAAUGGCAAUCUUUAGCAUAUGCUAAAAUUGCUAUAUAGAAGAAAUAUUGAUUUUUUUUGUUGUUGUUGUUGUUAAAAUAGAGGAUCUUUUUUCAGUGAGAUUGUUAAUUCAGGGUUUAUCAUAACGCUUAAUAUGACUGUCAUAAACCUGCCAUUGAAUAAUAAGGUUUGAUGAAAGCCUAAUGGUUACUGUGGUAACCUGGUGCUUAUAAUCAAAAGGGGUGGAGUCUGGGAUUUUGGACUGUACUGACUCCACCCCCCAAGUGAGGAGGACCAAUGGCCUGCUGCCUGCACCGGAUGUGAACUAUUGAACCCGGAGAAGUUGCCAUGGGAAUUUAGCCCUUCUGAAUUCUGGGAGAUUUCAAAUCGGAUCUUCACAUUGAAGGUCCUUUAUUAACUAUUCUAAUAAACCAAGGAUAUUUUUAAUUAUUAUUUUGCCUUUUUUGUAAGUAUAAAAAGCAUAAAUAUGAAUGAAUUUAUAUUUGAGCAAAAAUACUGGGAAGAGAAUUAAGAUGUGUCAUCGGCCAAGACCACGAUGUAAUCUUUUGUGGUCAGUCACAAU